CAGCUGCUGCACCAGUCCCCAUCCCGCUCUGCCCUUUCUGCACUGUCAUCUCCUGCCCCGCUGAGGCAGGACCCGUGAGUGAGGCCGCCGGAACCGGGAUCCUCUCUCUACUGGAGGGGGAGGGAAGGGAAACAGAUUGGACAGAAUCCGUGCCUCACCAUCAGCCGCAGCUCUCGCAGUGCAGCCCCAACAUGGGCAAUGUGCAAGAGCGGCCGUCGGAGAUUAUAGACCGCGAGCGGAAACGCCUAGUAGAGACUCUGCAGGCAGAUUCCGGGCUGUUACUGGACGCACUGGUGGCGCGGGGCUUGCUCACCGGGCCGGAGUAUGAGGCGCUGGAUGCACUGCCUGACGGCGAGCGCAGGAUACGCCGCUUGCUGCUGCUGGUGCAAAGCAAGGGCGAGGCUGCCUGCCAGGAGCUACUGCGCUGUGCCCAGCAAACCGUGCACACACCAGACCCUCUCUGGGACUGGAAGCACGUGGGCCCGGGCUACCGCGACCGCAGCUAUGAUCCUCCAUGCCCAGGCCACUGGACGCCUGAGGCACCCAGUUCUGGGACUGCAUAUCCUGGGUUGCCCAGAGCUUCAGAUAAUGAGGAAGCCAGGGAUCCAGAAGGCUCUGGGGCCGUGCAACCAGAGAUUGCAGAAGAGCCAGAUCUGGAAGCUGAGGCCUCUGAAGAGGCUGAGCCGGGCCAGGAACCUGAGAUGGAUCCAGAGCCAGAGCCAGAACCUGAACUGGAACCAGAGCCUGAUCCAGAGCCAGAGCCAGAGCCGGAGCCAGAGGACUACCAGGAAGGGGACGAAUCUGAAGAUUCCUGAAGGCCGGAGUGCUGACCUGUCUUUCUCACCUCAGCCCAAGCCAGACAGACAGGACCUGGCAUCCUGCUGGAGCUACAUUUGAUGGUAUCAAGGCUCCAUCUGGCCUGCUGAAAGUGAAUAAACUCCAGGGGCUCAGACUGGA